AUGAUUGCUGAGCAUGAUAAUAUCGUUCAUGAAUUAACUGCAAAAUUGGCUGAUAAGUUGGCGCCAAGUACUUCUGACGAUGAAUCUUUGGACAUGGAAAGAUGGGCUCCAGUAGGUGAGUCAUCCGACGAUACCUGGAUGGAUGAACAAAAUCGUUUCCGAGAACUUGAAAAAGAGCAAGAACGCUUAAACAAUUCACUUCUUUCGUUGUCCACUCAUUUUGCGCAAGUCCAGUUUCGCCUUAAACAAAUAAGUAAAGCAGAUACAGCUGAAAGAGAUAAACUAUUGAAAGAUUUGGAAGAUUUUGCAUUCCGUGGUUGCACUGAUCUAGAAUGGAGUGAAAAAGCGCAUUCGCGAAGUGUAAAUGAAAGUGAGAAAUGCGAUAUAAGUAAACAAAAGGAACGACAAAAAGAAUUGAUCACUCGUUUAAAAGAGCAGUUGCAAGAUUUGGAAAAAUAUGCAUAUGAAACCGGUGAAGGUGAUCUUCCAAGCGCCGAGAUUAUGGCUAGACAGAAAGCAGUUAUCGACAAGCUUCAUGAAAAAGUUCAGUUAAAUCUAGAGUUGGACAGAAUGUCUCAAAGCGAUUUACAAAAAACCGUUGACGAAGCAUUGAAAAAGCUUAUGAAUCCAAUCAAAGCAAAAGAAAAGUUGGUAGAGCAAUUGCAAACACAAAUUAUCGAUCUCGAAAGAUUUGUUAGCUUUUUGCAAACAGAAAUCAAUGAACGACCACCAAGUUCGAUUGCUUCACUACCAGUCACAACUGCGAAAAAGAAUUCCUUAACAAAUUUCAUUAAGUUCAGUCAAAAAUUUGAGCGUAAUCAGUUAAAGCUUACACCUCAAGGAAGUCAUUAUGGGGAUGAACGAGCACAAUUGGAGUUAGCAGUCGAUUCAGCAAUUCAAGUGAUGGAGAAAUAUUUUCUUUUAUCAUUAAAUACAGAAACGUCUCAUUUCAGUCCGUAUUCUGAGUCAUCUGAUGAGGUUUUCGACCGCAGCGAAGAAGAAAUAGUUGCAGUUAUUAGAAAGCGAUUAUGUUCUGCUAUGCGUGGUCUUUUCGAGCAUGGAAUGAAUGAUAGUAUCAAAAAUAAUAAUUUUACUCAGUUCGGUUGCUAUCCUAAAAGACUACAAGUUGCUAGAAGUAGUAGUGUGAGAAGAUUGGAGCAUGUUUGGGAUGUUGUGAUGUAUUAUUAUGACUUAAAGUUUGGUCGAGAAUAUUGUGACGCACCAAUUCGCCGUCUUUCUCAAAGUUAUCAGCUUGAUGCUGUUGCAGGUCGAAGUAUCACAUCAAAGCAGCUUUUAUUAUCAACGAUUGAAAAUAUCGCUUCCACUCACAAUCGUCUAAAGCGGUCUUCUGAUGCAAUGUGGAAAGCACUAGUGUCUGCAGCAUUGAAUGAAAAAAAAUUAUCGGCGUGGACAAGAAUAAUAUUUCGAACACGGCAGAUCGUUGAACAUUGUUAUGCAUCUUGGUCUUACGUUGCUAGGACAGGUUGUGAGGAUACGUGCCAGUUACUAGAACGCCUUCAGAAAUAUAAUUAUCAUUUACCAGUUGAUUUGGCAGUGCGUCCUUUUCAUCAGAUGAAACACGCAUUUUAA